AUGGGGCGGAGGGCAACAGUCUGUCACUCAGGGGCCGCUUCUUCAGCUGUGCGGCCCCAGGCCUCAGUUCCCCCAUCCCUCAAACAGGGAUCACCGCGCUCCGGCGGGGCGGGCCCGGCCCGGCCCGGCCCGGCCCCGGACGCCUCGCGCAGCGGCGGGAGAGGGCGGGCGGCUCAGGGGAGGCAGGAAACCGAGUCGGGUCAAAGGGCAGCGGCGGAAGUGAGCGCGCGGGACCAUGGAGCUGACGGCAAGCGGUGGCUAGAGCGGCGGGCCGUCGGGGCCGCUCUGCGCGGCGGGAGGCCGGCUCCGUGGGGCAAGAUGGAGGAGGGGAUGUACCGGGCAGUGUCCGGGGGCCGCAUCGCGCUGCAGCGCCGCCAGUACAGCGCCUCCUGCCGGGAGUUCUCGGUGCGCUGCCCCCGGCUGCAGCUGCGCUCGCUGAGCGCCGCUACCUGCUCCGUCUGGCUGGCGGCUUAUGGGCUCUUCGUGCUCAGCCAGAACAGCAUGGUGCUCUCAGCUGCUAUAUUUAUCACACUGAUUGGCUUGAUCGUGUACCUGCACUUUGUGAAAAUUGACCAGGAGUCCCUGUUAGUCAUUGGCUCACUUGGCAUCCAGAUGACCUCAUCCUAUGCUUCGGGCAAAGAGAAUACAACCUUCAUUGAAAUGAGCCAAGUGAAGGACGUAGUCAUCAAUGAGGCCAUCUAUAUGCAAAAAGUUAUUUAUUACCUGUGCAUCCUUCUCCAAGAUCCUCGGGAACCUCAUGGGGUGUCUGAGGUGGUGCCACUGUUUCAGAGCUCCAAGCCACGUCUAGACUGUCUGGUUGAAGUGUACCGAAGUUGCCAAGAAAUCCUGGAGCAGAGGAAGACUUCAGACUUCACCAGAACUUUAAACUAAAAAGCUCAUCAAGGUGGAAAACUCACAGCAAACUAGGAUAGAUUGUAUAUAGUAAAUGAACCCCAAACCAAAACAGUCCUGCAGUUGUUCUUCACUAGAUGGUGCAUGUAGACUGUGUUCCAGCAGCAAGUGAAGUUGUUACUAGUGUCCUUGCUGGUGGCCCACUGUUAUGGGAAAAAAUUUCAGCCCAUGCACAAAAUCUAUCCUUGCCAAGAUGAUGAUGCUGUAAAAGUUAAUGAUAAAUUUACUUGGCUGCCCAAAAUAUUAAUGCAACUCAGAUCAGUAGAAUUUUUCCAAGACAGGAGCCUCAGAAAUGGGAUUUUCUUCCCCACUGCACACCCUGCCGAUGGAGGGAAGGGACUGGGUAUGGGAAGAUCAUGCAACAAAUUUAUACUCCUUUAAUAAAUCCUGAAACAAAUUCUGAUAAGCAUACAAUACAGCCUUGGCCAGAUUGCCAAUAAACCCACAAAGAACAAGCAAACCAAAUGCCCUAUACAGUGAAUAUUUGUGCUACAUUUUUGUUGUGAAAUUCUUUAAACCUUUUGUUUGAAAAAGGAGGUAUCGUCCCUAAAUGGGCCAAAGCCAAGCAGAUGUGCGAAGAGGACAGCUCUGGUUCUCUGGUCUGAGCAGAGCUAAGAGAAAGGAAACUUGCCCAGGAAAAUGCCAAACUUGUGUGAGCAUUUAAUUCUGUUUUCUGGACAGUUUACUGGUUACUUCGUUUGGAUGGCAAAGGCCACCUAUAAAUGUCUGGGACUCCUUGCGUGUGUGGGGAAUCUUGCCAAUGAGAACGUGUGUAAAUAAAUUUUUUAUUGGCUUGUG